AUGAGGCUCAUCAGUAUACUACAAACCCUGGCGUUGACCACGUCCUUCGCGCGAGGCAUCGCCACUGAUUUUGUCGACAAAGCAAUCAAGCUAAUGGAAGAAAGCCCGCUUUUGGACACACACAUUGACCUGCCACAAAUUAUCCGAAGUCUACAUCGAAAACCACUCGACGCCAUUCCUCUUCUGAAUGGGUCUUUCCCCGGCCAUGUUGACAUCCCGAGAAUGAGGGAAGGGCGUCUGGGAGGAGCCUUCUGGACCGUUUGGGCUCCCUGUUACGACGUAGUUGGAGAAGAUCCUGGUCUAGACUUCAACACCCCGACGAGCCACGUACGAGACGCUCUGGAGAUGCUCGAUAUCAUACAGAACAUGAUCGCACGGCAUCCCGACGAUUUCCAGUACGCCAGGUCAUCUGCCGAAGUUUGGGAUGCCUUCAACGCUGGCAAGAUCGCCAGCCUCAUCGGCAUGGAAGGAACUCAUGUGUUGGGCAACUCACUGGGUGCACUUCGUAUCUUUGCACAACUGGGCGUCCGUUACUUGACUCUGACCCAUACCUGCCACAGCGCUUUCGCUUCAUCCUGUGGGCCUGGUACGCCGAUAGACGUCGUACACGAAGGCGAUGGCUUGUCGGAACUGGGCAAGGAACUCAUCAAAGAGCUGAACCGCGUAGGUAUCAUGGUGGAUCUAGCCCACACCACCGUUGCGACCAUGAGGCAAGCGAUCGAGCUCUCCGAGGCUCCUGUAGUCUGGACCCAUGCAGGUGCUAGAGCACUCUGGGACCACCCACGGAACGUCCCCGAUGAGAUACUUCGAAUGAUCGGGGACGGCCCAGGACAGAAAGACGGCGUGAUCCAAUCUAUAUUCUUUCCGACUUUCCUUGGUCCACAUCCAGGCGUCAAUGUUUCACACGUUGCCAAUCACAUCGAGCAUAUUGCCGGUAUUGUUGGCAAGAGUCGUGUUGGUAUCGCGUCUGAUUAUGACGGCAUGAACCUGGUGCCGGAAGGGCUAGAAGAUGCAAGCAAAUACCCUAAUAUUGUUGCAGAGCUUCUGUCCAGAGGCUGGACGGACGACGAGGUGCGUGGCGCUCUUGGGGGCAAUCUCAUGAGAAUCAUGGACAAGGUGGACGAGGUUAGCGAGAAACUGAAAGAUCGACUACCUUCAUCUGCCAUCUGGGAGAAGAGAACCGAUCUGCCUUCGCUGAAAUGGGGCGGUGGUGGUCAGCAUACGUACUGGCCAGUUGAUGUCAAAGCCAAUGUGGAAAAGAUGUAUCUGCGCCAUGAUGAAUUGUAG